AUGCGUUGCCUUGGCAUACCAAAUACAGCACAUUUCGCGAAUAUUACAAAAAUUUCGGAUGCCGUUGAGCUUUGGGCUAAAAUUCGACGACAGAAGGAAACACUGAAAUGGAAUCCGGAAAUUGACGAGGAAUUUGAGGAUUCAGCGGGAAAUGUUGUCAAUAAACGAACGUAUGAAGACCUCAAAAGACAGGGACUUCUUUGA